GUCCAUCUCUCCGACUCCUCCGCUCUUUGCGUUGGUGUUAGGAUUCGUGCUUCUGAUCCGAUCCGGAGAUGCGUGGCGGCGACCAGCAAUCACGGCUCGUCUACGAACUCUGUGCCCUCCUCCUCGCCGCCCUCCACUCCUCUCCCCAUGACGCCCCUGCCACCCUCUACCCGCCCGGGCCGGUGUCGCCAGCGGGGUUCGCGUCGUUCCUCCUCGGGGCGUCGCUGGCGAUGAUGCUGGGCGGGUCCCUGACGUUCUUGAUCGGGUUCCUGCUGAUGCCCUGGGUGAUCGGCCUCUUGAUGCUGUUGUAUGUCGUCGAGAUCGUCUCCAGUUUGUCCGGCUUGGGCAGGGCGAUCGUCUGCCCGGAUGCCCCCCUCAUGGAUCAAGGAAGUGUCAGGACAAAACCCCAUGAAUGACCCCACUGAAGAGAGAGCGCAUCUACAUAUAUCCACAAUCUGAGGCAAAAGAAGUAAAAUAUUCAAGCCGAGUAAAUCUGGAAGAGAUGAAUAAUUAUGCUUACAGCAUGAGCGAAGCAUCUUGCAAAGAAAUAGACCCACAGCCUGGGUUAAAUAUUGACAAAUCCCUACGAAGGUAAAUUUGGAUCAUCACAAAAGCAAGAGGAAACAUUAAAAGGAUUUAUUGAGUAAAAGGAUGCAAAUGGUCACAUUUCAUUUGGUUUGACUUAUGUGACAAUGCUAAUUACAGGAAUCAGACAUCAUGAAAUGUGAUUGGCUGAUCACCUUUUUGGUAUCAGUAAUUUAUGCUUGAUAGACAGUCAAGGCUGUUACUAAGUGAUAAUAUUUAGUUGACUACAAGUGACACUGUGAUGAUUGCAUCAGUGAUGGUAUAUGGAUUAUGUAAUUGAUAAUUCUGUGAUUGGAGCUCUUUUCUGGGUA